AUGGAUACCAAAAAGGACCAUGAAGAGGAUAACAUGAGUGUGAGACCUAAUUCUUUGAGAUUCUACAUUGCUCAGGGUUUAAGAAAACUUUAUGAGAGCCAGCAGUUUUGUGAUGCCACCUUGGUGGCUGAAGGAAAGAAUUUCCCCUGUCACAGAUUUCUCGCUGACAGCAUUUCAAUGGAUAGCUGCCUGGGACUUUAUGCACUAGCAUAUGCCCAUAACCACCAAGCUUUGCUUCGUGUGGCCACUCACCACAUCACAAUGAACUUUGAGCCACUUUCCAAACACGAGUCCUUCCCAAGUCUGGAUCUCAGUACAGUGAUGAGUAUUGUCUCCUCGGAUAAACUUCUGGUGUCUACUGAGCUCACUGUCUAUCAAGCUGUGCAACGCUGGGUGAAAUCUCAACUAGCUGAGCACCUCUCACUGCUCAAGAAGCUGAUGGGACAGAUCCGUCUCCCUCUUCUUACUUCUGAGGAGGUGACUACAGUUCAGGCAGAUAUUAUUGCACAAUAUGGACAUGCUCAUCUUCAGUGGGAACAGUUGGAUGGGGAUGGUAGGUUGCUGAAGAGUGGAGGUCUCAGGAGUGGUAUGUAUGAUGACUGGAUUGUGAGUCUGGGCCUUUUUGUUAGCAACAUGCAAGGCGGAGUAGUUGAGCGUUUGAAAACCCACUUCCUCGGUUUUAACCUUCAGACAGAAAGUUGGGAGGAGAUACCUCCUUUGAUGUAUCUUGAUUCUUCAGGCUUCUUAUCUGUAGGGCACAAGCUCUAUGUCUCUGGAGGGCAAAGACUUAAUGGCUCGAUCUUAGGCAAUCUGCAUGAAUUUAAUGCUCUGACUGGCCAGUGGAUACAGCUACCUUCCAUGUCUGUACCCCGGCGAGAACAUGGUUUUCUAGCCUGUAAACAGAAGCUGUAUGCUUUGGGGGGCCGAAGUGGCCGAAGUGUGCUUGAUUCUGCAGAAAGUUUUGAUUUGGCACAGAAAGUUUGGUGUUCCAUUGCCAGCCUGCCAUUUCCAGUAAGUCAUUUUGCAUCUGCCACACUAAAGGACAAACUUUACCUAAUCGGGGGAUUCUCUCAUACCAGGGCAAGUGGCCUUGCUCACAGGGGCAUUCUGAUCUAUGACACAAGCUUGAAUGUGUGGAAUCAGGUGCCUUUGGCUUUUCAGUGUUACAAAUCAACAGCUGUGACCAUGGACAAUGGGAUCUUUGUCAUUGGUGGACUUGUAGAAGAAAGCAGCCGGCGUGAGACACCUGGCACUGUAAUCAGAGCUCUGAUCUCUGGCACUCAUAAGUGCUUUUUUCUCAGCAAGGAUGGCACUGUAAGCCAGGACAUUGUGAUUCCAGAACUCCCCAUACUUGUUCUACCACCUUGUGCCGUUCAGUGGCAGAACAAAAUACACGUCCUGGUAGGGAAUACAAUUUACCAAUGGAGGCCUGGGGAAUCAAGUUGGACUCAUAGUCGAAAAAGUGUUCCCAACACAAGAGUGACAUUCCUAACAGUAGUUAACGGUGUGACACUGAGGGUGCCGAAGAAAACUAUUCAGCCUCUUUUGCGAGACUCAUCAGCAGCCCUGACAGCUGUUUGGGUGGCAGAUAAUUAA